AUGCAGGCGGAGGAGUGGCAGCCAGCACGGAACCGUCGGCGCGAGCAGCGCGGAAUCGCCACGGGUAGCGCAUGCCCGUUCUCGCACGAGUGUGGCAGCGGGGCAGCCCAGAUCGACACACCCUGCCGCUUCUUCGCCGCUGGCCACUGCGCCAAUGGAUCCAGGUGUCCAUUCCGACACGGGCCGGCGCGUCAGCAGAGUGCGGCCGCCGCAACGCCGCCACCGCUGCAGCGGUCUCAGCAGCCGGAGGAGAGGCAGCAGCCUCACCCCGAGGGUGCUGCGGCGGCGGCCGUGAGUGAGGUGCGCGCUUCGCUGGACGUGGCGUGCGGCGUCUGCCUCGAGCAGGUCCGGCGGUGCGUGCCGGCUGGCCUCUUCGGGAUCCAGUCGGGGUGCAGCCACACCAUCUGCUUGGCAUGCAUCCGCACGUGGAGGGCGUCCCACACCGUCUCGAUGCAGGAGGGCGGCUCGCGCGUGCCCCGAGUGGCUCGCUCGUGCCCCGAGUGCCGCGUGCUGUCACACUAUGUGGUGCCGUCCGCAUUCGUCCCGGAGAGCGCCGAGCGCAAGGCCAUGCUCAUCGAUGGCUACCUCGCUCGGCUCAAGCACCUCCCGCUGUCGGACUACUUGUUCGCGCCAGAAGCAUCCGGGCAGCAGGACCUGCUGGAGGGCGUCCCCGUGCGCGACUUGCGUCUCGAGGAUGCGUGA